AUGCGGCUUUUAUGGGCGCCAACCUUGUCAGCAGCACCUUUGCUGCUGAUGAGCAGCCAGUUUAGUGCCAGUGCCUAUGAUCUCGACAUAAACUCACAAGACUCUAUACGGAGUGUCUCCAAACAGAUGGUUGCUGAUCUGAUGACCUUCUAUACGGGCGAUCAACCGGGGCAGACUCCUGGUCUCCUACCACCACCAUACUACUGGUGGGAGGCGGGCGCCAUGAUGGGAUCCCUGAUCGACUAUUGGUAUUACACAGGAGACGCGACGUACAACCAGAUUGCCCAGGAUGCCCUGCUCUUCCAGGUUGGACCGUACAACGAUUACAUGCCGCCAAACCAGACUCUCACCGAGGGGAACGACGAUCAAGGGUUUUGGGGCAUGGCAGUCAUGACCGCUGCAGAGUACAAAUUUCCAGAUCCGCCGAAAGGACAGCCGCAUUGGCUGGCACUCGCACAAGCCGUAUUCAACACGCAAGCAGCUCGAUGGGACACUCAGUACUGCAACGGAGGUUUGCGGUGGCAGAUAUUCCAAUGGAACAAUGGCUACAACUACAAAAACUCCAUCUCCCAGGGUUGCUUUUUCAACAUCGCUGCGCGCCUGGCUCUUUAUACCGGAAACAGUUCGUAUGCUGACUGGGCCGUGAAAACCUGGGACUGGAUGGUCAAUGUCAAGUUCAUGGACGACGACUAUCGCGUGUACGAUGGGUCGCAUAUCGAAAUCAACUGCACGAACCCCGUGCCCUACCAGUUCUCGUAUAACGCGGGGUCGUUUCUUCUCGGGGCCGCCGCAAUGUACGCCUGGGCAGAGGCCGAAAAUCGCGCCAGUGAUCGCGAUAUGUGGCGUGAGAGGGUCGACGGCCUGCUAAAUGGGACGGAUGUGUUCUUCUUCAGCGACGAGAACAAUAGUCCACCCGUGAUGAUCGAGAUCGCUUGCGAGGGUGUUGGGCUCUGUAAUCUAGAUCAGCAAUCGUUCAAAGCGUACUUGAGCCGCUGGAUGGCGGCAACCACGAAAUGGGCUCCCUGGACUUACAAUCGCAUCAAACCGCUCCUCGAAAAUUCGGCCAAGGCCGCGGCCAACCAGUGCGUGGGGGGCAACAACGGUCGCAUGUGUGGCAUGAAGUGGGCGAACAAUUCCGGCAAAUGGGACGGGUCGACCGGAGUCGGGCAGCAGAUGGCCGCCGCCGAGGUAGUACUCGCCAACAUGAUUCAAGAUGCCGAGGCGCCUGUUACCGGCAGCACGGGCGGAACCAGCGUUGGCGAUCCCGCCGGUGGUGGUUCUGAUAUUGGUCGGACCGAUCCCUUGGGCGGCAUCGUAUUCGCGCCAGUCACCACCGGUGACCGAGCGGGCGCCGUCAUCUGCACCAUAAUCUUCUGCUGUGGCCUAGUCGUCGCGGCCCUGUUCAUGGUCACGGACGAGACCAAGUCACCAGCUCAGAACUGGGAGAGCUUCCAGUCGUCGUUGACCAAGGGAGCCGGCACUGCGGUGCUCGUAAAAGGCGGCGUAGGGAGCAGCGGGGUCGAUGAAAAGGGAAAGGGGGUAAUGAGCGAGAAGGACAGCUCCUUCGACAGCGGUGAGAAGAUGUACCCAGACAAUGCGGUUCUCCAAUUACCGAUACCACGAGCUCGAACGAGGGACCACCAGCAGAUGAUGAGAAGUGCGUUACCCAGGUCCGCCGCUGUCACUCCUGGAGAGGCAACCAGGACUGGGGCCACGAGGCAACGCCCGACCUCCAUGUACAACUCCAAGCACACGCGUUCGUUGCAAAAGCGGGAUAGAAGGCUUUCUUCGUUGUGA